CUGACACACAAGUCCUAACAAAUGUGCAAGAAGGACUCUUCAUUAACAUGGCUGUGGAGGGGGGAGAACGGAUUAGCAACCUGACACAAUUUAGGAAGGAGGAUUUUGAGAACGAAUGGACUCCUAUAGCUCUAGGUGGAUUUGGAAGAGUGUACAAAGUGAGGCACAGGAAAUGGUGGUCGGUCUAUGCUUUGAAAUGUUCAUCUGCUUUUUAUGGCGAUCCAGAACUUGAAAGCUUAACCUAUAACAACCUAAUGGAAGAAGCAUCCAAGAUGGAGAAAAUAAAAUUUAGAUACAUCGUACAAAUUUAUGGAAUUUGCACAAAUCCUUUGGGGAUUGUGAUGGAGUAUAUGGAAAAUGGAUCCCUUGAGAAACUGAUUCCUACACAUAGCCUCAGCUGGCAGCUAAAGUUUCGGUUCAUCCAUGAAAUCGCCCUUGGAAUGAACUUUCUCCACAUCAUGAACCCUCCACUUCUCCAUUUGGACCUAAAACCUGGGAAUAUUCUGCUGGAUGAACAUCUGCAUGUGAAGAUUUCUGAUUUUGGCCUAUCCAAAUGGAAAGAAAAUUCAACUCGAAAGGAAUAUAUAGAGAGGUCUGCUAUCAAAGGAACUCUAAACUACAUCCCCCCAGAGGUAUUUCUGGAGAGUAGCCGGGUGCCAGGAAUUAAAUAUGACGUGUACAGCUAUGCAAUUGUUAUCUGGGAGCUUCUGAGUCAGAAAAAGCCUUUUGUAGGUAGCAGCAUGAUGACUGUGAUAGUAAAAGUAGCAGCCGGGCAGCGGCCUCCCUUAGAGGACAUUUCAGAAGAUGGUCCUGUGGAAUGUCAACAAAUGAUUGACCUAAUGAAGAGGUGCUGGAACCAGGAUCCAAAUAAACGGCCAUGCUUCUCUGAUAUCAUUGUUGAAUCCCACAUGUUGCUCUGCUUAGUGCAAAGUCCGCUCCCAGAACAUGAAGCUUCUGGGCCCAAAGCUGAACAAGAUCCUAUGAAGUCUUCAAAUGCAGUUUUGCUUAAUGAAGACAGUGAUGACAUGGAACAACCAUCAUCAAUCUCUUUGAGCAGUGGAACAGAAAGCUUGAUUGAAAGCCUCUUAAAGAACAACGAUAUUUCUUGGGUGGAUGAAAAUAAUUUUACUCUGCUUCACUUUGCGGUUGCCGAAGGAAACUAUGAGAGGGUGAACCAUUUCCUCUGCCUGAACGCUAAUGUAAAUAGCCGCACAUUGAGUGGAUCCACACCACUUAUUUUGGCAGUACAGAGAAAGUUAUCAGAUAUCUGUGCUUGCUUAAUAGAAAAUGGAGCCAAUGUCAACAUAACGGAUGAAGACAGAUGGUCACCACUACAUUUUGCAGCUCAAGGAGGAGAUGACCGUAUAGCUCGGUUACUUUUAGACAAUGGAGCAAAUGUUGAUGCCUUGGAACAGGAUGACUGGACCCCAUUGCAUUUGGCUUCCCAAAACGGUUUUGAAAAUGUUGCUCGUGUUCUUUUUACACGUCACGCCAACCCAAAUAGUCAAGAAACAGAUGGAAAAACACCUCUGCAUGUAGCUUCCUGUUAUGGUCACUAUAAUAUAGUCAAGCUUCUUAUUGGGCAAGGAGCUGACCCAAACAGCAAGCAAAACAAUCACAGGACUCCUCUCCACAUCGCAGCUGACAGAGGUUACUUUCGAGUGGUGCAACACUUAAUACAGAAAGGUGCUCACCUAAACACUGUUGAUCACAGCCAAUAUACCCCACUCCACAUGGCAGUUGUGAAAGGCAAGAGUUUGCUAUGUAAACUUCUCUUAAAGCAUGGUGCCAAUGUCAACCUGAAAACCAACCAGGGCUGGACACCUUUGCAUCUGGCAAUAUUUAAAGGACACACUGAAAUAAUUCACUUACUCAAGGACAAUGAUGCCAAAAUAGAUGCUGUUGGAGAUAUGACAUGGACUGCCCUCCAUUUGGCUGUUCGCUAUAGUGAAGACUCCAUUGUUUCUCUUCUCCUAGAUAUCGGAGCUGACCCAAAUAUGGCUGAAAUGUCUGGCUGGACACCACUUCAUUUUGCUGUUCAGAGAGGAUCUUUUUGCAGUGUUAUUAAGUUGAUUGAAAACAAAGCUAAUGUAGAUGCUCAAAACAUGUUUGGCUGGACUCCAUUACAUGUGGCUGUUCUAAAUGCUAAUGCAGCCAUUGUAAAGACUCUACUCCUGGCUAAUGCAAAACAGAAUAUAGAGGACACCAGUGGUUGCACCCCAUUACAAUUAGCAAUAAGAAACCAAAAGCACAACAUUAUUUCUCUCCUAGAAGGAGGACCAGACACUUCUUCCAAUAGCUCAGUCGAAGAGGAUGUAGGUCCUUACCUUAAUUUUCAGGAUUAAAGUAGAACCUGGAAACAUUUUACCAUGUCCAUAUUUGUGAUUAACCUUGUUUUUAUAGAAUACAGACUUUCAGACAUUCUAUUCAUCUUAACUGAGUGAAACAGAUUUGCAUCCUAUAAAUGCAAGAAUCGACAAUAUUAUUCAUGUGGCCACUUUAUGGUUAAGGCAAAAAUGAAGGACGUUUUCAUGGGAUAAACUAAGUGGGGGGAAAGUGUGGACUGCAUAUUUGGUAGAAUUUCUGCUGCAUUACACAGCCCAGUAAUCCAUAAAAUGUUUUUUUUUUUUUUUUUAUCUCAAAGUGUUAUAACAUAUCACUAGGAUUGUGUGGAUCCAAACUCUGGGACUCCCAAUAGUCCAUUUUAAGAAAAAUGGGCUGUGUUGUAGUUUCCUGUACAGUGCACUCAUGCAAGGAAAAUCAGUGACGUAACGCUGCAAUCCCAGUACUCUAGGGAUUGUUGGAGGUUCAAUAAGCAAGAAAACCCUUUUUAACUGUAACUGUCACCUCCUUACGAGGUACAUAGCUGAACACCUUAACAGAUACGGCAUAAGGAGAUGGGACAGACAGUAGGUACAGUCAAAGUGGCUGGUCAAGUUGCAGUAGCACCCCUCAUCUUCACCCUGAGGUGAAUGGAGGAAGCGUGCUGCUGCAACUCAGCCGGGCUCUCCGACUAGGAUUAGAAAACAACCACAAUACAAGUUUACAAACUGCGACUACAGAAUGUAAGGGUACCUACUGUUUGUCUUAUCUCCUUGUGCCCCAACUGUUGAGAUGUGCAGCUCUGUACUCCGGACAGAGGGGACAGAUGAACCUUUGUACAACUUUGACACUGUUAUAGAAGAAAAAGAGCCAUUUUCUAAUCUUAUUUAUUCUCCUCACCUUAAAAGAAUGUAUUUGUGAGCAUGUAUUAUUCAAAUAAAUUAAAAUUCAGUACAGUAUAUAGGGACAACAGAAUUUACAUUUUCACAUAAACAUUCAUGUUCUAGAACUGCUUUACCUUUUUGAAAGUAGGCCAGGAAGCUUAUCAACCAAUUUUGUUCAGUAAGUUCAUAGGUUGUAAGUAUAUACAGACUUAGCUAUUAUUUCCCACUCCUUUUUUCAUAUGUUUUAAAUUUUGAGCCUCAAAUAAUUCAUUCAUAGAAGCAUGAAAUAUCUGAAAAUUUGUUUGGCAUUCAUGCCUCUUUAUGGCCAUUUUCUACCCUUUUAACAUUACUUUUUGGCCUAAUUGUUGUACUUUAUGGUCUACUGCAAAAUCUAUCCCCCCCCCCCCCCAAGCUGUUUUACAAUGGGAAAGUUUUUCGCACAUAACCAGACAAUUACAAAUGUAAAAUUAAACUAGGUAUGCACAAAGACCUGUUUUUUCAUUGGGUUCCAUAGAAUUUAAAAGUAAAAUAUUGCCAUAUUUGGGAUGUUUUACAAUCUAUCUAUGCACACAACUAACCAAUGUGUGUGCACAUAGCCUGAUAUUUUCUGCAUGGAAUGUUCCACAUAUGGAACCCACUCCAAAUAUAUACAUCACAGGUGGCUUGGAAAUUAGCAAUGCAGACUUUACCUUCUUUCACCAGGCAAUGUUUGUUAGUCAAAAGCAGGCGUGUAAUAUAUACAUAGAAAAAGUAUAACGGUUUACAUUUAUAUGUCUUGGUUUUGGCCUACAUUUAUAUAUUUUUGAUAAAAAUACUGCCAUGUGAAAGUAGUCUUAGGGUUACAUUAAAAGGGUUUUCUAGUUUACCUCUUUUGGACUGUGUAAUAAAUGACAUAUAUUGGUAGAUAAAGUUAUUUUGCUUCCUCUUUGUGGUUUUCAAUGCUUGUGUCUGCUUUGUUGUCUUCUGUAGAGUGCAUCUGUUUAUAGAAAUCAUGUUUUGCUGUACAGCCUAGCUGGGAUCUCAUCCAACACUAUCUCCCUCCCACUAUACCUUUUUGACUAAAACCCUUCCCACUAAACUCACAGAAGCCUCCAAUAUAGUUGAUGGGAGAUUGAGGUUGGCUGAAUAUACAUCUAGAGUAUCCAACAGGAAAAUAAACACCAUUACAGGAUGUAUAAUAGACUGGAAAUUUGGAUAAUGAAGACAUCAGAGCAGACAGUUUGCACUAGAAGCCCGAGGAAAGCAUGAACAACUACAGUAAAGGAAGUAAAAUAACUUAUGUGUUAGACUGUUGAAAAUACAUUUCAUCAUUGGAAAUCCCCUUUAAAUAAUGAGGCAGUUUUCAGGCAGCUAUAAAAUACAUUUCCACAUUUAAUUUACAAAGAAUAAAUAUAGACAAGCUAUAAUACAAAAUACAUAAAUAAUAAAAGCAUCAAAUACUAACUCAGUAUUAAAUCCAACAUUAAGUGAAAAAUAUUCAAAUGGAGUGAAUAAACAGGAACUACAAUGACUAUUAGAAUUAACUGAAGAGACAAAGAGAGGGAGAGAGGAGCGCAAUCCUAGUGUAUUACCAUAGUAUAUACGAGCAAGGGUUGCAGAUAAGUUAUGGUCACCGGAGUUGGUUAUGCUCAGAGCAUAACAUCUAGAGCAGCAUAUCACUGAGCGGGUCAGCAGCCUUGGAGCACCCAAUCCUCAAAAAGGGUCGGCAAGCAGAAAUGGAUUUUGGUAGUUAAAAAAAAAAUUCUCCCUGCACAGCUGCCAUGGGGGGAGGGCGCCGACCCGACCUGCGAGGUAAGUCUUAUUGUCUCACUGAUCCUACUUGUGUUCCCGUGUCCCUCAUUCUCUUAUUCUCCUCUUUCUAUCCCUGUCUGCUUUCCUUUUCUUCUUUCGACAGGGACCUCCCCCCUACAUACCCUACUAGUGCUUCAGUUCCAUUUUUCCGGGUUGAGCUGAGCAGAUGUCUCUACGCCACAAUAUUUGGAUGUGAUUAGGUUAAAGACUUAUGACCAUAUGCUGUUGGCUAUGCAUUCUCCAAUGUUCGCCAUGUUGCGUUACCGGGACAGUUAUGGUUCCUAUGUCAAGAUACGUUCCCAGAUCACCAUCCCCCAUAUUUCCAGUUAGAACGUGGUCAUGAUCCCGCAACGUUGUCAUAAGUACUUUGCUAUGUGGUGUAUUGUUUAGACAGCUUGUCUUUGUCAUAUCCUGGAUUUCUGCUCAACUCAUUUUAUUGCGAUUUUUCUUUUGUUUGUUUAUACAAUUUAUUGUUGAAAUCAAUAAAGAUUGAGCUUUGAAAAAAAAUGAAAAAAUCCUCCAAACGUGG